AGGCUGUCUACUCUGCACUGCCCAGAAUCAAUCCGUCCUGGUGUUUGCUUUCUUGCGGUUCUUCACGCACGCAUAUUCCAACUUGACCAACGCCUUCAAUCAUCAUACUUGACUAGACCGAGUCGCGCCAGACCAACCUCUCCUCUCCUGCUGAACCCGGGGAUUCCGGUCUUGAGUUCAGAUACCAAAGCACGAGACUGCAUUUGAACGAGUCAUCAGUUCAACCGCCAUGAACAUCGCCGACUCGCCGCUGUUUAAGGCCUACGCCCGGCCGAUCCUCGACUCAAGACUUGAUCCGAGGCCUCGUCGUCAGAGAGCACGCUUCUCCCCGUUUGGCAUCAUGGACACAGUGAUGCAGUAUUUGUUGGACCGCGCGAGCCUCGAAGUUACCAAGAUCAAGAUCAGUAAUGCUUCUGAAAGCUCCUUCUGCCUUGCCAUCGAGAGCCGCCUUGUCGAUUCUGGUGCCAUUUCCAGUAUCAUCGGCGCUAUGGACGUCGAACUUUCCUUCAAUGGCUUCAGCUUUGGCACGGUAGAGUUGCCUGAAGUCCAGACGAGCUUCUGGGGUACCAAGGUCCUAGUCAAGGAACAGCGCAUCGACAUUACCGAUAUGACAGCCUUUCGAACAUUCAUCCGAAGCCUCAUGCUCGACAGCGAUAGCAGUUUCCAGCUCGAUAAUGGCUGGUGCACUGUCGGAGCUUUGGGUACCUCAUCGGGCUGCGAAAUGUGUCUCGAUAUCCCACUAAAGUGUAUGAACGGGCCGCAAAUGGAGCUCAAGAAGCUAUCACGCUCCAGUGAUAAUGGCAUUGUGGCGACCUUUCGCCUAGAUAAUCUGAGCCCUAUGGAGAUCGAUCACGGUCGCUGCAUCUUUGAACUGCGCAACACCCGAGGCGAAACCAUGGCAGAGCUGAGGGGCGAUCUGAACAUUGUCCGGGGGCAGGCCGACUACACGCUGCAUGGCACGACGCGACCUGGGGUGGCACCAUCAGAUAUGGCUAGGCUGGUGGGAGUCGGUGUGGAGGGGAGCUCGUGGUGCAGCGAGACGAUCAAGGAGAUUGAUGUUAUCUUUGGGUUGAAACCGGAGUUUGCGGAGCUGCUCCAGCAUUGAAAUGACAUGAUCUCGGGAAACAUGUCGCGUCAUGACCGGCACGGGCGGAACUGUUUGAGCGUUCAUUUGGCGUUGCGGUGUAGGCUUGGAUAACAAGGGACUGGUUUUGACGACGGUGAGUUGGACACACUCUGGAUAUAUCUAUUAGCAUGAAUACCAAGCGAUCACAGCC